GACCUGUUCUGGGACGUCUCAUUGCUGGAUCAGACUUCAGUCCGAACAAAGAAGGGAAUCAUAUUUCCUUCCAACGAAGUAAGACAUAACAUUUCCAAAUCAGCCAAUCUAUGAUGGAAGUGUUGUUCAGCCCGCACCUUGUUUUGACUCUAAUGGCGUGUGCAUUUGUCAUUCACGCUGCCGUAGAUUCUCCCUGCGAUUCUCAGCCGUGCUUAAAUGGAGGGACGUGCCAUCCAAAAAGCGACUCUUUCCAUUGCGUUUGUCCCUCUCCUAUCUUCGGACCCAUUUGCAACAGAGUGCCGUGUGGGGAUAAUGCGAAAUGCGUUGUUGAAAAAAGAGGCGUGGUAUAUGACAUGCCUCGUAAUAACAAUGGAUGUAAUCAAAAAUUUCACCAAUAUUGUGUUUGUGAAAAUGGCUUCGAAGGAGACCCCUAUGUGAACUGCACUGAUAUCAACGAGUGCAAUAAUCAGCCUUGCCUAAAUAACGGUACCUGUAAAAAUCGUGAUGGCAGUUUCAAGUGCAUGUGCCCUGGGGCUAUAUGGGGACCCACUUGCAAUAGAGUGCCUUGUGGGGGAAAUGCGAAAUGCGUUGUUGAAAAAAAAUGGGGAUUAGAGGACAGGCUUAUUAAUAACGAUGGAUGCAAUCAAAAAACUCACCAAUUUUGUAUUUGUGAAAAUGGCUUCGAAGGUAACCCAUAUGUGAACUGCACUGCCCAGUAAUCAAUUCCUAAGAGAGGACAAAAAGGAAUCUUCCCGCAAAUGACCACAAAUAACCUAUGAUGAAAUUGCAGCCGUUAUUAUUAAAGUAACAAAUACUGAAACAAGAGUUGAAUCAAUGAAAUUAUAUUGGCAUUUACUGUAGCCAUUCGGUUUAUCAAAAUGUCAAUAAACAAUUUUCGUCAA